GGGGCGGCGGGCAGCGAGCCAGCCCCAGAGCCGCGCACGCGGGGCAGCACGGCCUGGGGCCUGAGGGCCUGCGGGUCACACGCCCGCCCCUGCCCGGAGCAGAACCGUCCCCACUGGCUGCUGGGGGCUAUGGCGCUUCUCGCCUUCGUCAGGGCCCAGGCACUGGUGGGCUUCGGCCUAGUUUGCUGGGCACCGCCCGUCUGCGCACUGGAGUCUCUGCACCAAAUAGCGGCAGCAAUGAGAAGCGGAGCUGUGGUGUGGCUGGCCCAGCUCCUGCCUGAGGGAUGCCAGCAUUAUCCCCACUUCACACUAGUGGGCACGUUAUCACUAUUCCCAAUACACUGAGGCGGAAAUUGAGGCACAGCAGAGUGUAACAACGUGCCUGUGGCCAUGCGGGAGUAUUUGGAGGGAGCAAGGAUCCUAAAUGUCAGUCACCGGGUGCAGAAGCUGCCAGAUGGUACUGUGGCACUGCCUGUGCUGGAGGGGAAGCUCACCAAGCAGCACCUUCAGGACUUGAGGGGGAGUAUGGCCCCUGGAACAACAUGCAUACUGUCCUGGAUCAAGAAGCCCAUCCCCUCCAAGGCUGCUCGAGCCCAGUCACCUGCCCAGAAGCUGUGUGGUGAGCUGCAGCACUUAGUAGCACGCUUUGGGGGCAGGUGGUCAGAGGAGCUGGAGCAUGACCUCCCUCACUCCUGGCAGCGACAUGGCGACCUGGUCAUGCUGAGCAAGGACUGCUUCAAGGCUGCCCUGUGGGAGGAACUGGGACCAGAGCUCUGGGAGACGGUUGCUUCUUCUCUGAAGGCACGACGACUAGCCAAGCAAGGACGAGUAUCCCCAGAUGGGGUGCGAACCCCAACUGUUAGCCUUCUGCUAGGGCAUGAUGGCUGGGUGGAGCACAUGGACAAUGGGAUCAGAUACACCUUUGAUGUGACCAGAUGUAUGUUCUCUUCUGGAAACAUUACCGAGAAACUACGGGUAGCAUCGCUGCAGUGUCCCAGGGAAGUGCUGGUUGAUCUCUAUGCAGGGAUCGGCUAUUUCACGCUGCCUUUCCUGGUUCAUGCUGGUGUGGCCUUUGUCCAUGCCUGCGAGUGGAACCCACAUGCUGUGGAAGCUUUGAGGAGGAACCUGGAGUUGAAUGGCGUGCAGGAUCAGUGUUGGAUUCACCCAGGGGAUAACAGGCAGUUGGAGCUGCGGGACGUGGCUGAUCGGGUGAAUCUGGGACUGAUUCCCAGCUCAGAGCAGGGCUGGCCCAUCGCCUGCCAGGUUCUGCGGAAGGACACGGGGGGAAUUCUCCACAUCCACCAGAAUGUGGAGUCUUUCCCUGCAAAGGCUCUUCAGCUGCCCUGUGGCCUGUUGAAGGAGCAGUCACUUUGCAAUGGACAGGAGGACAGCGGGGCCCAGAGGAACCACGGGAGCCCAGAGACUGCUGAUGUGAUGGAUUCUGUGCAGAAGAUUCAGUUCACUGGGACCAGGCCUGAAUGGCAGAGGUGGGCAGAGGCCACGGGAGCUCAGAUCAGGUUUCUGCUUGAGAAGUUGCAUGGGGAGCCAUGGAGGAUAAACAUCCUGCACAUCAAGCCAGUGAAGUCCUAUGCGCCCCAUGUGCACCACCUGGUCCUGGACUUGGAGUGUCGUCCCCUGCAGGCAGAGCCACACUGAAGGAACAAGGCCCAACCUAGUUGCAGGAGGCUGCUAAGGGGGAGCCAGUAUUCAUUGGGGCCAGAACAGUGGAGAACUCUCCCAGCUCUGCUGUGAGAGUGCUUGUUUGUCUCUUGUUCCAGCCCUGAGCUGGCAGUUGCUGUGAUGUUGACCCACAAUCCCAAGAGCCCUGUGAAAGGCAGUCUCAGCAGGAAGCAUUAAAGCAGAGUCCUAAGGGUGCACUGAGUUUUGAAUCAGUGAGUUAAUGUAGAUUUGAGCAGUUACACAGUUUAAUAACAUAUACACGAGUUCCUGAUUCAAUUAUUACUGUGGCUGCUCAGAUCAAUUACUGACCCAGGGGGAGAGACAGUAGUCAUGAGAAUCAGCUCUGUGAUUGCUUGCAAACAUUGCUUCCUGUUCCCUGCUGAGUCUUGUACUCCUGGGAACCCCGUUGGAGAGGCACGUGGCUCAGGGAAGAGUACUGUUGUAUAGAUUGGUAUGUCCACAGAAGAGAAGGACAGGCAGGAGGGCAGGAAUGGAAGAACCUUGUUCCCCUGCACCUGAGAUAAGCAGGCACAUCACCUGCUUUUUAUUAUAAAGCCACUAGCUGGAUUAGUGAAACAGUGAGAUCACAAGUAGCACUCUACCUCACUUCUCUUUCUCCUUUUCCUUUGCUUGCUGCUUAUUUGUGGCUGGCAGGACAGCAAGAUCCCAGGCACCAAGGUAGAGAGAUUGGUUUUACUGAAGAAGCCAAGCCAGUGUUGUAGUCAUAGAAUCAUAGAAAAUUAGGGUUGGAAGGGACCUCAGGAGGUCAUCUAGUCCAACCCCCUGCUCAAAGCAAGACCAUCCCCAGCUAGAUCAUUCCAGCCAAAGCUUUGUCUAGCUGGGUCUUCAAAAUCUCCAAGGAUAGAGAUUCCACAACCUCUCUGGAUAGCCUGUUCCAGUGUUUUACUACCUUCCUCGUGAAAGUUUUUCCUGAUAUCUAACCUAAACUUCCCUUGCUGCAACUUGAGACCAUUGCUCCUUGUUCUGUUAUCUGCCAUCACUGGGAACAAUCCAGCUUUAUCCUCUUUAGAACCUCUCAUUAAGUAGUUGAAGGCUGCUAUUAAAUCCCUCCUCAAUCUUCUCUUCUCCAGACUAAAUAAGCCCAGUUCCCUCAGCCUCUCCUUAGAAGUCACGUGCCCCAGCUCCCUAACCAUUGUCAUUGCCCUCCGCUGGACUCUAAUUUGUCCACGUCCUUUCUGUAGUGGGAGGCCCAAAACUAGACAGUACUCCAGAUGUGGACUCGCCAGUGCUGAACAGAAGGAAAUAAUCACUUCCCUCAAUCUGCUGACAACUCUUCUACUAAUUCAGUCCAGUAUGUCAUUAGUCAUCUUUACAACAAGGGCACACUUGGCUCAUAUUCAGCUUACUAUCCACACUAACCCCCAGGUACUUUUCUGCAGAUUUGCUGCUUAGCCAGUUGGUCCUCAGUCUGUACCAGUGCAUAGGCUUGUUCCAUCCUAAGUGCAGGACUUCGCACUUAUCCUUACUGAACCUCAUGAAAUGUCUUUUGGUCCAGUCCUUCAAGUUGUUGAGGUCUCUCUGAAUCUUAGCCCUACCCUCCAGUGUAUCUCCUAUUCCCUCCAGCUUGGUGUCAUCUACAAACUUGUUGAGGGUGCACUUCAUGCCAUCUUCCAGGUCACUGGUGAAAAUAUUAAACAAAACUGGCCCAGAACUGACCCCUGGGGCACUCAAUAACAGCUGCCAACUAGAUACAGAGUCAUUGACUUUUACCGUUGGAGCCUAAUGAUCCAGCCAGUUUUCUGUCCACCUUCCAGUUUUCUGUCCACCUUUUACCGUUUGAGUCCAUUCAUCCAGCCUGUACUUCCUUAGCUUGCAUAUGAGAAUGUUGUGGGAGACCAUAUCAAAAGCCUUGUUAAAGGCAAGGUAUAUCACAUCCACUGGUCUCCCCGCAUCCACAGAAUCUCAUCUCAUCAUAGAAGGCAAUCAGGUUGGGCAGGCAUGACUUGCCCUUGGUGAAGCCAUGCUGACUGUUCCUAAUCACCACUCUCUCUUUCAAGUGCUUAGAAAUAGAUUCCUUGAGGACCUGGUCUGUGAUUUUUCUGGGGGCUGAGGUGAGGCUGACUGGUCUGUAGUUCCCUGGAUCUUUCUUUUUUCCUUUUUUAAACAUGGGCACUAUAUUUGCUCUUUUCCAAUUGUCCAGUACCUCUCCCAAUUGCCACAAGUUUUCAAAGAUAAUGGCCAGUGGCUCUGCAACCAGUCACAUUGGCCAACUCCUUCAGCACCCUCGGGUGCAUUCCAUCUGGCUCCAUGGGCUUUUACACAUGCAGCUUUUUAAAGUAAUCUCUAACCUGUUCUUUUGCUACUGUUGGCCGCUCACCACCUCCCCAAACUGUGCUGCCAGGUGCAGUAGUCUGGGAGCUGACCUUGCUUGUGAAGCCUGAAGUAGUUCUUGCAUUCUGAAUGGCAGCCCAAAGCUGCACUGUAUUGCUGGUGUGGACUCCAGCUGGCAGACAAAUUAAUUUCAAGCAGAUUUAGGCCAUCCAGGAAUGCCUUUGGGCAAGUUGCUGAUAAGCAGUGCAUUCACUAAAAUAAGACUCCCAUAGUAAGCAAUCAACAAGUAACCCCAGCUGGACAGUGAAAGUUGCUUAAGCGUAUACAAAGGCACAAGCUGUUUCAGGUACUUUGAGCAUUACAUGCACGUGAGCCAAAUUAGUGCAGUCCAGCAAGUCAGGCCUGUGGAGAAUUGCCUGAUUCUCUGUGGGCUCCUGCUGUCUGAGCAUUAGCGUAGUGAGGGUGCUUAGGCAUCAUCUGUCCUCUGUGCACAUGACCCAGCACUGCUGCACUGAUGGCGGCCACCCUGACAUCACACCCACAUCACCGCCAAGCUCAACAGCUUGUACAAAACUGAGUACAGCUGCUCUCCAGUCCAGUGGCGUUAUUGAGGGAGUGCGGGGCUGAAGGCACCGACUAGAGCCAGUUGCAGUGCAGAUAACAAGUGGAUGCAUCUUGACUUUGGUGUGUCCCCAUCCCUGUGUGGAUUGACUUGUUUUGCAGACCAGGGCUGCACCCCAGAGCUAGCUGCUUAUGCAAACUUGGGCCUGGCUAAUAUCUCUCUGCUGCUACUGGCUUGGAUGCACCAAAUUUCUAGCUUGUGACUCUGUCUGUUUCUUUCUCCUCACCAGCAUCCCCCAAAGCCCUGUGUAACUUCCCUGUUGCUUUCGAGCAAAUUCCAGCCUAGCAAUUCAGUUGUUCCAGGAAAUCCUUCUGGCUGUGAGGUCUGGUUGGGGGAAGGAGGGAAGGGUGUGAGAAGGAGCCCCUGGAAGUGCCUUUAGGUAUGACUCCUUCCAUACACAAAUACCUUUAUGUGCUUCCUGUUGCCUUUUUCUUAUCUCUUUGUUCUGUAGGACAACAGCAGAGGCUGAGCACUCCCAGCCAGGGUGGUUCUGUGUGUACUGGGAGGGCUGUCCCCCAAGAUAUAGAUAGAACCAGUGCAACCCAGAGUGACUCAUUUUGCUCAGCCCUGUGUUUGUUUGGUGCACAACAGUGUGCCACUGAACCCCAGAACAGUGCCCUGGAGCCACCUCUGGCCCCUCCCAGCAGGGGUGUUCAGUCCCCCUGGCUGCCAGUCAGGGUUUACACAGAUCGGGAGGUAGGAGUUGCUGGAGGGUUCAGCCAAGAAGAGGUUUUUCUGAGCUUUCCUGUUCCUCUCUGGAGCCUGCAAACUCUGCAGGCCAGUCUGACCCCACCCAGAUUAGCUUUUCUGCAGUGAGCUGUGUGUGCUGUCUGGGAGGAGCUGCCUUCUCCAGCUCUGCUGCAGUACUAGUCAUGCAAAUAAACCACAAGUUCUAUAGCAAAGCACCCUUGGGAAAGCAGGGCAAAGGACAAAGUGAUCUGAGCCAAAAGCUUGGGUCUGGUCACCCCCAGAGUUAGAUCUGGGGCCUGGAUUUGAAUGUCAUGCUUGGUCUCUUGUGGCUGAACUCAUAGCCAGGAUCCAAGCAGCCCCAGUUAUGGAGAGUUUAAAAAUCCAAAAACCACUUUUGUACUUCAGGCCCUUUUUCCAGUGUAAAACCACCUGCAAGUCAGAGUAGAGGCCCCCAGUAUAAGGCAACUGCAAAUCUGGGGUGAGGGGCUCCAGAAAACUCCUAGAAGUCUAGAAAAGAGCAUGUAUGGAGAAUGUUAUCAGUUCAGGCAAAGGGGAAGGGGAAACUCAGCAGACUUCCUGUCUGUUCAGGAAAAGCUGGUCACAGGUACAGAUCUGCUUUGGCAGAAGGGGAUGGAGCCUGUGAGCCUGCUGCAUUCCCACAUACUGGUCAUCUGGGGCCUGUCAGUCAGAACAUUUUUGCCAUGAUUCCUCCCUCGUAUAUAAAAAGAAACUGAUUGUAUCUAGUGAGAAUGUUCACCGUGGCCCUAUAACCCAGAGGACCACAAUCUGUAGGAGCUUACCACAACAAGCAGGCAUAGAAAGACCAGUAACCACAGACUGUUAAAACCAAAACCUUAGCUUGCUUCCUAGAAUGAACUUAUGAUGGAGCUGUGUGAAAAAGCCACUCUGAUAAGUCUGUGUAAGGCCACACCAGCCCUACUCCUGAGUUCAAAAUAGAGUAGUCCCUUGUGUAUUUGAAUGAAACAACAACCCACAAAUGCAGAUAGUCAAGGGGGCAUCUAACUUGUCUACAGAAAUGAAGGCAAAUACAUUCUUAAAGCAUUUGAUAGGGUGUUUGACAAACCAAUGUUAAGGGUAUAAUGCAACCUCUUUAGAGAGCGAGCUUAUUGUGCUGCCAAAAAUCUGCUCUCCAUGGAGAAAGUAAAAGCUGGAAUUGGCCAGUAGGCAAAUUAGAUCUUAUUAAGCAAAUACACAAGCUAACUGAUAGGGCUGGUGGUACGGUGACUGCAGGCACAGCAAACCAGUUACAGAUUUGUACAGAGCCUUUCCUUUGUACUCUAAAAGUUAGGUUGCACAUAGACCCUUGAUGGGAGCCUUGUCUCGCUAUCAUGCUUUUGGUUUCACUGUCACAUCCCUGUAACUGAUCCCGUGAGGAUUCAUUUUUCCUCUCUUCUACUUGUGCUGCUCCAUGUAGUAGUAGUAGAUUUAUGACUUGCCAAAACAGUACAAUAACAAUUUCAUACAAUAAAGGAGCCACCUAUACAGUAUAUAAUUCUUGCUAAAAAAUGCACAAUAAGAUUAUCCAGUCCACAAGCCUAUGCAAAAUUAAAACAACAUAGCAAGCAUAUGAUCACAUAAAAGAGAGAAUAAAAUGAAGUAGUGAACAUAAAUAACAAACGUGAGUUCUGUCUGAUAUUGGCCCUCAUUCUAUAUGCAAGUAACACAGAUGCACCUAAGGUGUAUAGGACCAGCUCUGAAGUGUUAGAAGCCAGAUUGUUUUUUCUUCAUUAACCCAGCAUUUAUAGUUUCCCAUUAAUAGAGAGAUCUGUUGUCCUCUAAUUUCUUCAAAAAACAAUUGAGACCACAAAUAAUGAUUUAAAUGCUGCUCAGUGUUUUGAUCCUCUCCCCCCAUCCUUUUGUUUUUAAACUGUAUUAGUUAAAAAUCACAACAGCAGAAUUCAUUAGUGAGGAGUGGCACAGGCUGGAAGCCAGUUUCAUCUCAGCACAUUGCGCUAGCACUUACUCUGUGGAAGCUGCCAGCCAAGAACUAACCUACUUACUGGGUGUUAGCUCAUUUGAACUUGCUAAUACUAUCUGGCUCUCACAGGACAGCCACCUGUGAGCUGCCUCAAAUCCAGGGGAGUUUCUAGGCCAGAAGGGCUGGCUGAGAACAUCUAGUCUGAAUUCUGGUACAGGCCACAGAAUUCCUUUAUCUACCCAGUAACCUGUGGUAUAUCAGAGCAGUCUCUGACAAGCUGUCCAAUCUUGAUUUUAACACUUCAAAUGAUAGGGUCUGUCUCAUCCCUUGACAAACUUCCAGUGGUCUGUUAUCCUCACCAUUACUAAUUUGUACCUUAUUUCUAGAGUGAAUUAUUCUAAUUUCAGUUCUCAGCCAUUGGUUCUUGUUGAGCUUUUGUGUUACAUUAACAAGCCCUCUUGUACUGGUUACCUUCUCCCUGUGUAAGUAGACCACGGUUGACUAACCUCUUAACCUCUAAUGAACUGAAUAAAGUAAGCCUCUCAAGUC